CCGAGGUCAAAGCAUCGCAUUUGUUGUUUAUCAUUUAAAUAAUGCAGGAAUGUAAUAAUACGAUUUUUUGUAUUCCUCGUCGUGCCACGGUAUCGUUGAACCACGUGACCUUGCUGAUGAUGACGACAAUACAUUAAUUUAACCUAGUCCGCUUCCUACUUCCUUACCCUGGCUUGGUUCUCUGCUUCAUCAACCUUUCUUGCGAUAAAAAUACAAAAUGACCCACCAAACGGGCAUACAAGCUGGUAACGACGUGAAGGACAUCUUUGCCAGUGCAAGGUGUGGAGACCAAUAUCGACUCUUAAAGAUUGUGAUUGAGGAUGAGCAGCUAGCUUUGGGCGAGAUCAGGCAAGCAUCAGAGACAUGGGACCAAGAGUAUGACUCGUUAGUCCUGCCUCUACUACAGGACGACCUGCCAUCUUAUAUCCUGUACCGGCUGGACUCCUCCAACAACCAGGGCUAUGAGUGGAUCUUCAUGGCCUGGUCACCUGACCACUCUCCUGUGCGACAUAAGAUGUUAUACGCUGCUACCAGGGCCACACUAAAGAAGGAAUUUGGUGGGGGGCUUAUCAAAGAUGAGCUUUUUGGCACUACAAAGGAGGAUGUGUCUCUGAGUGGCUACAAGAAGUACCUGGUGACCAAGGCCGCACCACUACCACUCACUGCUGCUGAGGAGGAACUACGACAGAUCAAACUCAGCGAGGUGAAGACUGACAUCAGUGUGGACACCAAGCAGCAGACACUGCAGGGAGUGGCGUUCCCUAUGCAUGGAGACGCAGUCGAGGCGCUCAAACGAUUCAGGGACAAGCAAGUCAACUACGUACAACUUGAAAUAGACUUUGCCAAAGAACUCAUUAGGUUGUCUAACACUGAACCGACCGAGGUGAAAGACCUGCCCAAGAGGAUCCCCACAGAGUCCGCUCGCUAUCACUUCUUCCGCUACAAUCAUUCCCACGAGGGAGACUACCUGGAGUCCACAGUGUUCAUUUAUUCCAUGCCGGGGUACAAGUGCAGCAUCAAAGAGAGGAUGCUCUAUUCCAGUUGCAAAAAUCCUCUGGUGGACAUGGUGGAGAACAACAUGCAAAUUGACAUUUUGAAGAAGUCCAACUCCUCACUAUUCGUGUGGGACUGUUCACAGCUGGAGAUUGAGAGCGGGGAUGAGCUGACUGGUGACUUCCUGUAUGAGGAAGUCCAUCCCAAGCAGCACGCACACAAGCAGGCCUUUGCCAAGCCCAAGGGCCCCGCUGGGAAGAAGGGAGGACGCCGCAUCACCAGACCGCCUGGAGAUGGAGAAGAGGAUGACUAAACAGACAUCACUCACCCC